UUAUGUCUUCCGUUUAUGACCAAUUACAGCUUCCAUUGUAACGUGUGCCACCACAGCGGGAACACAUAUUUUCUGAGAAAGCAAGCCAACCUGAAGGAAAUGUGUCUUACCACUUUGGCCAACUUAACGUGGCAUUCCCCGAAACCAGGAUGAACAUCCAAGACUAUGUUUUCCAAAGACAAGGAUAUAAUACCAUUUAUUGAUAAGUACUGGGAGAGUCUGACUACUCGACAACCUGGAAAAAUGACCUGGCCCAACAGUAUAGUGAAGACUAUGGUAAACUUAAAAGAACGGGAUGUGUUUUUAGUUAAAGAGCACACGGACCCAGGCAGCAGACCAGAGGAGGAUUAUCCAAAAUUCGGUCUGCUUGACCAGGAUUUGGGAAAUAUUGGCCCUGCUUACGAUAACCAGAGGCAGAGCAGCGCAGUGUCCAGUGGAGGGGGUUUGAAUUUAGGGUCUGCAGCGGCCAGCUCUGCAAAAGGUAGAGGAGCAAAGCGCAAGCAACAAGACGGCAGUUCUUCCAGUGCAGCCAAAAAGACCAGAAUGAAUCCGCUAUUUGCCGCACAGCGCCUGCCUCCUCACGGGUACCCAUUAGAGCACCCGUUCAAUAAGGAUGGAUACCGAUACAUCUUGGCGGAGCCCGACCCACAUGCACCCGACCCAGAGAAACUAGAAUUGGACUGUUGGGCAGGAAAACCUAUUCCAGGAGACCUGUACAGAGCCUGUCUGUAUGAGAGGGUGCUGCUCGCUUUGCACGACCGGGCUCCUCAGUUAAAGAUUUCUGAUGAUCGCCUUACGGUUUUGGGAGAGAAGGGAUAUUCCAUGGUGAGGGCAUCCCACGGUGCGAGAAAAGGAGCCUGGUAUUUUGAGAUAUUUAUCGAUGAAAUGCCUCCGGAUACAGCUGCCCGACUGGGCUGGUCACAGGCUCUAGGUAAUCUCCAGGCUCCGUUGGGUUAUGACAAGUUCAGCUAUUCCUGGCGCAGCAAGAAAGGAACCAAAUUCCAUCAGUCAAUAGGAAAACACUAUUCGGACUCCUAUGGACAGGGCGACACCCUUGGGUUUUAUAUUAAACUCCCAGAUGACACUGAGACUGCAGUAGCUCUGCCUGACACCUACAAAGACAAGGCCUUGAUUAAAUUCAAGAGUUACCUGUACUUUGAAGAGAAGGACUUUGUAGAUAAAGCGGAAAAAAAUUUGAAGCAAGCAUCGGGCAGCGAGAUCAUAUUUUACAAGAAUGGGGUCAGUCAAGGAGUGGCCUAUAAGGAUGUUUUUGAAGGUGUAUAUUUCCCAGCUAUAUCCCUCUACAAAGGCUGCACAGUUUCAAUCAAUUUUGGACCUCAUUUCAAGUAUCCACCAAAGAAUUUGUCUUUUUUACCAAUGAGCGAUAUGGCCUGGAAGGCGGUUGUCGAGCACACCACGGCAGACGUCCUUUACCACGUAGAAACCGAAGUCGAUGGCCGAAAGAGCCCUCCGUGGGAACCUUAA